UGCUUGCUCCUCAGGAAGGAGGGCUUGCAGCCCUGCACUGUCACUGACCUCUGCAGGGAACUCAUGACCAAGCCUGGCUGCAUGGGCUAUGCACUGUCACACCAGCUCCUCUAUUUCCUGUUUGCCAAAAUGAAAGGAUGGUCAGAUGGCCUGUUCCCCAAAUCCAAACACUAUGUGGAUAUUUUGUGUGCUAACAUGACGGAAUUGAACUUGGAAACUGAAGAAAGUUAUGACUCAUUCCAUCUUCUUUCCUCAGUCAUGUUCUGUGGACUUUCUGGGUACUCAGAUUUCUACAAGGCUAGAUGGCUACAGGCUAUUCUCACCUGGCAGCGACCUGUGGAGGGAUGCUUUGGGAAGCCUUGUGAAAGGCAGGAUACACUUGUAAAAAUUCAUAUUAAAGAAUUUCACCUGAUAUUCCUCUUUAUUUUUCUUUCACCAGAUGACAAUAGAAAACAAUUAUCCAGAGUUAGUGAAGAUGAACAACAAUCAUUGAGAAGAGUUAAGAGGAGAGAGAAAGGAUUUGCAGAUGGGUGUUCUUCCCACAAAACAGCUGUGGCAGUUGCAGUCUUGGGUGGCUUCCUUUAUUACUCUGCAGUGCAUUCACCAACCAUCACCAAGACUCAUUAA